AUGGACGCUUGCAUAUUCGAGGAACCAUCGGUGUAUGAAGAGUGGACCAGAGCUAAAAUCAUCAGGGAAUUCUAUGUUCCCAAACGUCCAACUAGAAUGCCAAGAAUAAGACGGCUAGCCACCAUAGCCCGGCAACAACACAACGAAAGCGAGAUCGAGCGUGUGUCUCACGAAGCAGGGGAGGAGGGUAGCUUCCACAUUAGCCAGCCUAGAUUCGGCAAGAUGACCAGUGAUCAGAUAGGGGCAAAUGGGCAGUACGAGCGCAAUCGAACUUUGGAGGUUUCGUCUGUGUGCCAGGCAACACAGGAACCAAGACAUGCACAUCAGCUGUAUCCAAGGCAAGCUGCACAGAACGAAAAUCUUGGGGAUGGAAAUACGAUAAUCCUGGAGGAACUAAAUGUAGAGACUGGUUUCUCUUGGCCCCACAAUAGGGUGAACCCCAGGUCAGAUGCGAAAGAGUUGGAAUGGGAUGGGGGUCACAUGACUAGGAGCAACACACUUAUUACUAAUUGGACCAGAGCUAGCCCAAAAGAAAGAUCUUCUAGGUUAGAUCUUGGGCUUAUUGGAUAUCCUGUGCAGGUGGAGCCUUAUAUUCCAAACCUAUUUGGUCCUAAGAUCAACCUUGCCUCAACAAGAAUUAUUUCACAUGUGGAUACAACCUUCCAUAGCCUGGGGUUAAAACGGAACCCAGAGAUGGAAAGGACUUGUAACUUGGAAUCUAUAGGGAAAAAGUAG